AUGGUUUACGCGCAGGAAGGUUCUCCGCAAGCAAUCGGACAGAACCCCGAUAGCAACGACAAGAGCGACUCCGACGUCACAACUGUCGUCGAGAAUCGAAGUCGAGCUGCAGAGCUCGCACUGGGCGAUGGCAACCCACAAACGACGGUUGAACAUCUAUACCUCACUUUUGAUACCCCGUUACCACUGCCCGUGGGUCUUUCUUCCCCGCAUCCCGGCCAGCCAGCUCCACUGCCAUGCCCAGAUCUUUCGAAGUAUGCCUCGCCAUUCCUUUGGUCUGAGCCGCGAAAGUCGGUCAUCACCUGGAUAUCCUGCGGCGUGACUGCCAUGAGUGCCUACGCUGCUGGAGAAUAUACCCCUCCAGCUGAUGAACUCACUGCCAAGUGGAAUGUGAGCAGGGUCGUUUACAACCUGGGAAUCACGCUCUUUUGCCUCGGGUUCGGGAUUGCGCCAAUGGUCUUGGCUCCGUUCUCAGAGAUCAAUGGCAGAAGGCCAAUAUUUGUGUCUAGUGGUGUUGUUUUCACGGUCUGCCUGAUCGGUUGCGGAGCUACAGAGUCCUUUGCCGGUUUACUUGUCGCACGUUUUUUCUUGGGAAUCGGCGGCUCUACAUUUUCAACAAUGGUCGGGGGAGUCAUCAGUGAUAUAUAUCACGCUGGGGACCGCAAUACUCCCAUGUCAUACUUUUCCGGGUCCGUCCUCUUCGGAACAGGCCUAGGCCCACUCAUUUCCGGCUUUAUCCAGCAUCGAGCAAGCUGGCGAUGGAUCUAUUAUUCUCAGGCUAUUGCCGCGGCAGUUUUCUUGAUCAUACUUUUCUUCUUCCUCAGCGAAACUCGUGGGAGUGUACUUUUGAGCCGCAAGGCAAAAGCAUUGAAUAAGUACUAUGAUGCUCUCGAAGAGGCAGGCUAUUACGGCGUGAUCUUUGAUUCGAGUGAGGCGUCCGAGAAGCAGCAAGUCCAACGGAUCAGAUGGAAGGUCAAAAGCGAUGAGGAGCGCGAGUCUUUGGCUAAGAUGAUAUCAAUCUCAUGCUAUCGGCCAUUUCACCUUCUCUUCACAGAGCCAGUGGUGUUUUUCUUCUCACUCUGGGUUGCGUUCAGCUGGGCGAUUCUUUACCUCAAGUUCAGCGCAGUACCUCUUGUCUUCUCAACAAAUCACGGUUUCAAUGUUGAGCAAAACGGAGCAGUAUUCUCAGCGGUCUCCAUUGCUGCGAUUAUAGGCACGGUGCUAAGCGUAAACCAAGAGAGUGUGGCUGCACGAUUUGGAAAGAUGUCCAGUACACCGGAAGGGCGACUAUACUUCGCGUGUAUCGAGUCGAUAUUGAUGCCAGUGGGCUUGUUCUGGUUUGGAUGGACAUCAUACUCAUCAAUUCCUUGGAUCGUUCCAACUAUUGCCAUCGGAUGUUCGACUAUAGGUAUUUUGUCUAUAUACCUGGCAACCUUCAACUAUCUCGCCGAUACGUACCACCGAUACGCCAGCUCCGCUAUUGCCGCGCAGUCUUUCUGCCGCAACAUCCUUGGAGGAGUCUUUCCGUUGGUCACAAAUGCCAUGUUCACCAACUUGGGGUAUCCAGCCGCCUGCAGCCUUUUGGGAGGAAUUGGCGUUCUUUUGACAAUCGUACCCUGGGUGCUGGUGUUCUUCGGCCCCAGAAUUCGCGCCCGAAGCAAGUUUGCCAGCGAAAUCAUGCACAACCAGUGA